CUGUGUGGUCCAUACUUUUAAUUAAACUUAAACCAAUUGUCCUUUCUGCUGUGACCAACAAUGUGCUUCUUCUUUUUUUGGCAACCCUUCUAAGUUACCAUCAUGCCUCUUAUUUCUUUCUCUCUCUCUCUCCGUUUUCCAAAACUUUUUUUGCACGCUGGAAGUAACUCUUCCCUCUCUUAGCAUUUAUUUUUCAAAUCUAUUGCUUCCAAGAGCAGAAAAAAUGAAUGCUCUGAGCUUCCUCUGCAUGUACCGAUCCGACCCAUUAUUCAUAAAUGACAUUUUGGUCAUAAAGCCUCAGAAGAAAACUCCACUCUUGUUAAGGAUGUCGGUGUUGGUGUUUUCAAUGGUGUGUGGUGUUUUCAUCUGUUCCGUGUGUCUAAAGCAGAUAAGUACUCAUGCCAGGACUAUGCUUUUGGAGUUGCAAGAUAUUGAGAAGCACUCUCAGAGUAGUUUGAACCUAAAUGACGUUCAUUUGUUGCAUUACCCCAAGCCUGUGUCUUUCAACAGGAGUGAGUGUGCUGGUAAUCCUGUACGGUUCUUUGCCAUAUUGUCAAAUCAGAGAUCAGGCAGUGGGUGGUUUGAGACCCUUUUGAAUAGCCAUAUUAAUGUGAGCUCCAAUGGGGAGAUUUUUUCAGUUAGAGAAAGAAGAGUAAAUGUUUCUACCAUUGUGCAGACUUUGGAUAAAGUUUACAACCUGGAUUGGCUCACUAGUGCUUCCAAGAAUGAGUGCACAGCUGCCAUUGGAUUCAAGUGGAUGCUUAAUCAGGGGUUAAUGGAACACCCUAAAGAAGUAGCAUAUUACUUCAAUCAAAGAGGUGUUUCUGUCAUAUUUCUCUUCCGAAGAAACUUAUUACGCAGAAUGGUAUCAAUGCUUGCCAACUCCUAUGACCGUUAUGCCAAGCUAUUGAGUGGAAUUCAUAAGUCUCAUGUUCAUUCUACAGAAGAGGCUGAAACACUUUCAAAAUACAAGCCUACCAUUAAUUCUACAUCAUUGCUGGCUGAUUUGAAGGAUAUGGAGAUGAGAACAGCAAAGGCAUUGGAAUACUUCAACACCACUCGGCAUAUGAUCCUGUACUAUGAGGAUCUAAUAAGAAAUCGUACUAAGCUAAAAGAUGUGCAAGAGUUUCUAGGAUUGCCACAGAUGGAAUUAUCGAGCCGUCAGGUUAAGAUACACAGAGGAACGUUGUCAAGUCACAUUAAAAAUUGGGAUGAUGUGAACAGGACGCUAAAAGGAACUGCUUAUGAGAAAUUCCUUCAUUCUGAUUAUUCAUCUUAACCUCUAACUCCUGGAAGGUGUAAAUAUCAACACUGAUUUUGUCCCAGGAAACAGUAUAAAGUUUUGGUGCUGGUUGUGGCAAGAACUCUCUUUCCACAUUCUGAUGUUUCUUUUCACUGCCUCCAAAUCAACACUCCAUUGAUGAGAUGUAUGUUCCUUUUUGAUCUUUUAUUUUUGUGCAUUCUUGAAUGUGUUUGUAUAUGCCUAGGCAAUUUAUUAUUAAAGCUGAGCAUUAGUUUUCUUCAAAUGAAUUUUCUAUCUUUUAUUCGUUUUUUGCCUUUUCAGUUAUUUUAUGAAAUUGAACUCUAUAUAUGA